AUGGUGAUCCCACGCCCAGCCUGGGGACCCGCUGACCCCUCCCUCCCCUCCCAGUGGCUGAGCCUGCUGCUGCUCCUGCUGUUGCCGGGCCCCCUGCCCGCCCCUGUCAUGGAGGACACCGCCUUCCCCCACCUGGGAGAGAGCUCGCAGCCCCCACCCCGGGCCUGCCCCCCGAGAUGCUCCUGCCCCCGUGCCGACACAGUGGACUGUGAUGGCCUGGACCUGCGGGUGUUCCCGGACAACAUCACCAGGGCCGCCCAGCACCUCUCCCUGCAGAACAACCAGCUCCAGGAGCUCCCGUACAACGAGCUGUCGCGCCUCAGCGACCUGCGGACCCUCAACCUCCACAACAACCUCAUCUCCUCUGAGGGCCUGCCCGAUGAGGCCUUCGAGUCCCUCACACGGCUGCAGCACAUCUAUGUGGCCCACAACAAGCUCUCAGUGGCCCCCCAGUUUCUGCCACGCUCCCUCCGUGUUGCGGAUCUUGCUGCCAACCAAGUGAUGGAGAUCUUCCCGCUCACCUUUGGGGAAAAGCCGGCGCUCAGGUCCGUGUACCUCCACAACAACCAGCUGAGCAACGCUGGCCUGCCCCCUGACGCCUUCCACGGCUCCGAGGCUGUCACCACCCUCAGUCUCUCCAGCAACCGGCUCAGCUACCUGCCGCCCAGCCUCCCGCCCUCACUGGAGCAGCUCCACCUGCAGAACAACUUCAUCUCCAAGGUGCCCCGAGGAGCUCUAAGCCGCCAGACACAACUUCGUGAGCUCUACCUCCAGCACAACCAGCUGACGGACAGCGGCCUGGAUGCCACCACUUUCAGCAAGCUGCAUAGCCUUGAGUACCUGGACCUGUCACACAACAAGCUGGCCACGGUGCCUGCAGGCCUGCCUGCAACCCUGGCCAUCCUGCACCUGGGCCGCAACCGCAUCCAGCGGGUGGAGGCAGCUCGGCUGCGUGGAGCUCGGGGCCUGCGCUACCUUCUGCUGCAGCACAACGCGCUGGGUACCUCAGGGCUGCCUGCCGGGGCGCUGCGGCCACUGCGGGGCCUGCACACACUGCACCUCUACGGCAAUGGGCUGGACCGCAUGCCCCUGGCACUGCCCCGCCGCCUGCGGGCGCUGGUACUGCCCCACAACCUCGUGGCCACGCUGGGCGCCCGUGACCUGGCCACCACGCCGGGCCUGGCUGAGCUCAACCUGGCCUACAACCGCCUGGCCAGUGCCCGCGUGCACCACCGGGCCUUCCACCCACUGCGUGCCCUGCGCAGCCUUGACCUGGCUGGCAACCAGCUGACCCGCCUGCCCGAGGGCCUGCCCACCAGCCUGCGCACCCUGCGGCUACAGCACAACCAACUGCGGGCCCUCGAACCCGAGCCACUGGCCGGCCUGAACCAGCUGCAGGAGCUCAGCCUGGCGCACAACCGGCUCCGGGUCGGCGACAUUGGGCCCGGCACCUGGCAUGAGCUGCAGGCCCUCCAGGUGCUGGACCUCAGCCACAACGAGCUGUCCUUCGUGCCCCCCGACCUGCCUGAGGCCCUGGAGGAGCUGCACCUGCAGGGCAACCGCAUCGGCCACGUGGGCCCCGAAGCCUUCCUCAGCACACCCCGCCUGCGUGCCCUCUUCCUCAGAGACAACAAGCUUCACAUGACGAGCAUUGCGGCUGAGGCCUUCCUGGGCCUCAUGCACCUGCGCGUGGUGGACACAGCAGGUAACCUGGAGCACGUCCUGGUCCGGCUGCCACCCAUAGUUCCGCGUGGGCCACAGGCAGGGGGCCCCUGA